UACACUAAAAUCAUUUAAAUUUCCUCCAAUUAAACUAUCUAAUUUAUGUUUGUACGUGAAUAACUUUAUAAUUAUAUACGUUCGUUUACCAUGAAAGACUUCACAUUAUUCGCCAUUACGUCAUCCGCUACUUUGUUAUUGUUUUCCACGUACGAAAUUCUAUUUCGGCAAAAAACUGCGGCAAAAACCGGUCAUGAGGAGUCGUGUGAAACUAAUUCGGCUUGUUUAGUAAAGGCUGUCGAGUAUUUGUAAUCCUCCAUGGAUGAAUCGUUCCCUCCUUGCGAGGACUUUUACAAGUACGCCUGCCAGGGUUGGAUUAAAGGAAAGGUGGCCAAGUUAAAAGAGACCAGGGCAAAGGCGGCCACACGAACGUCGGACGUCUCCAAAUGGAACGAACGGUCGAUUAUAGCCCUAUUAGACGCCAUCCAAACUUCGAGUCCGGGGGCGGAAGGAAAAUUGAAGCAGUUUUACACCUCCUGCACUACAAAUACGAGAUGGACAGCUUUGAUAAAUUAUGCCCAAAAACCAAAUGAUUCUCAGGAGAGGAAUAUCUUGGGGAAAUAUGGCGAUUGGCUGUACGACCGUAUAGCAUCGUUCCUAAUCGCUCACGCCAAGAAAGAGCUCUGCAGUUUUAUACUCCAAUCCAAAUUUCCGCUCCUCCUGGCAAAAUUAUUCCUGGAAAAGAACAUCGAAAUUAUUUCAAGCGCUGCCGAAAUUUCGAAUCGUGUCCUCCAAACGGUGAAAAAAUCGGUGACAUCGGCGCCAUGGAUUCCGACCCCGAUUUUUCUCAACACCACGAUCGAAUUCGUUCCGGUUACCUUCGACAACCCGGGUAUUCUCGACGAAUUGUACUCAUCUCUUCCCCUCGAUUCGAACGAUUUACUCAAAAAUUUGGAACAAGUCGAUAAAUUUAACAAACUCCAGGAAUCAAGUGCGCACCUGGGAAGCAUAAUAACGGCGGCGAAACUGACUCUAACCCAAAAUGCGACGUACCACUUGGUCCCGGAUUUUGUCUUCGUUACACCCGGUUGGGUGCAGAUGCCCCGAUUCCAUCCCGGGUUUCUGGACGUUUUCAAAUUCGCCAAUUUAGGCGUAACCGUGGGACAUGAGUUGGGUCACGCGGUGAUGACCUACUUAAAUGGAGUAGCACUCGAAAACAAAACACAAGUUUUCGUUCAUGCGGAACCAUCCGAAAUCACGAAGGAUGUCUUUAAAGAAAAAUGUGACUGUGUCGAGAGGCAGUAUAGCGGUUACAAGGUCCACCUUCCUAACAAAGAGGGAAUCCGAAUCAAUGGAACUUUCACCUUAAGGGAUAACGUGGCUGACAUAAUCGGGAUGGAAAUGGCCUUCAAAUCCUGGGUAGACAACGAUAUAGAAAAUUCAUCUUACGGAAAAUUUCAGUUCCCACAAUUAUCUCGGUUUACCAAAGAGCAAAUAUUUUUCAUUUCUUGGGCGCAGGAAUGGUGUGAGGCCUUCGAGGACGAUGAAACGGAGACCACCCGACUCACUGACCAGGUAACAUAUGAUGUCCACAGCCCCGCAUCCGUCAGAGUUUUGGGGACGCUAAGCAACUUUAAGGAGUUUUCGGACGCAUUUCACUGCCCCGUUGGGGCGCGGUACAAUCCAAGUGAAAGAUGCCGGUUUUUCUAA